AUGAUCUCACCUUCAUCGCCAUUGUCCCCAUUUCUAUUAGCUUCGCUUUCGUCCAUAGUCAAAGACUACUCCAAUAAUCUUCUUGAUGACGAGCCGACACUAUCUACCAGUGCUAUGGUGCCAUUGCCUCCACAUGGCUUUUAUGGUAACCUUUCUGAGGAGGAGAGGGAGUUCUGGCAGCAGCCCGAUGGUGAAGGGUACCACCCUUGCCUGGAUUUUAGUCUAGAGUAUCGAAAAUCAUCAGUUAGAAUUUCGAAGCAGAGGAGGAAAUUCUUGGUUGUGGUGGUUUCGGGAGGAUUAAACCAACAAAGGAAUCAGAUUGUUGAUGCAGUUGUGAUCGCGAGGGUACUUGAGGCUGCGUUGGUGGUACCAGUUUUACAGGUUAAUCGCAUUUGGGGAGACGAAAGUGAAUUUUCUGAUAUUUUUGAUGUUGAACAUUUCAAGAAGAUUUUACAAGCUGAUGUUCGAAUUGUUACGUCCCUUCCUUCCACUCAUUUGGUAGCAAAGCAGUCUGUUGAAAAUCAAAUACCGCUUCAUGUAUCACCAACAUGGAUACGUACAAGAUUCCUCCAACAGCUAAAUGAAGAAGGCCUUCUCAUAUUGAAAGGGUUAGAUUCUAAGCUUUCCAAGAGUCUUCCACCCGACCUUCAGAAGCUCCGAUGUAAGGUAGCGUUUCACGCCCUAAGAUUCUCAACUCCAAUCCGAGAGCUUGGCAAUCAAAUGGCUAGGAGAAUGUGGAUUGAAGGUCCUUAUGUAGCCAUUCAUUUACGGAUAGAGAAGGAUGUAUGGAUCAGAACAGGAUGCCUCACUGGCUUAGGACCAAAAUAUGAUGACAUUAUAGCCAGGGAUCGGGAGUCUCAUCCCGAUUUUCUAACUGAUAAAUUGAAUAUGAGCAACGCAGCACGACGCCUAGCAGGACUCUGUCCUCUUAAUGCUCUAGAAGUUGCAAGGCUUCUGAAGGCUUUAGGCGCGCCAAGUAAUGCUCGCAUAUAUGUGGCAGGAGGGGAUCCAUUUGGGAGCGUCUUCGCAUUGCAGCCCCUUGUAGAAGAGUUCCCCAAUAUAGUAACAAAGCAGAUGUUGUCACGAGGGGAUGAGCUUAGUCCAUACACGAACAGACCUUCUGUUUUAGCUGCCAUCGACUAUACUGUCUCUCUGAGCAGUGAUGUCUUUAUGCCUUCCCAUGGGGGUAACAUGGGCCGCGCUUUGCAGGGCCAUCGCGCGUAUGUUGGACACAGGAAACACGUAAAGCCUAACAAGCGAAUGAUGAUUCCUUUCUUUGAGGACAUGUCCCUUUCCGAGGAAGAAUUUAGCAGCAUUAUACAGAAGCUGCAUAAAAACUCCAAGGGACAACCUGAGCAGAGAACUAAGAGGAUAGACAGAGAUGUGUUAGCAUAUCCCGUGCCAGAGUGUAUGUGUAAUCACUAA